UGUCGGGCUUGUUCUACAGCGCCCCCUGGAGGCGGGUCUUUGUCAUUACAGCGGACACAUGCAGUAAACACUGAGCAAGGACAGUGGGCAGGCUUCGACCUGGUCGUCAUCUCUUGUUUUGGAUCGAGAGGCCCGAACCGCACAGGAAGCUGCCGCGGGAUUCUGGUCCAACGCUUGAAGUCCGGUGACCCGAUUCCGUCUGGACCGGCGUUCCCCUACAUCCGGCUCACGCUCCGGCGCCACCAUGCUCCCCUCAACCGCCCCCCCCGCCGCUCUGCUGUGUCUGCUGGCCGGCGCUGUAGCGGCGGUCCCGCCCCGCGAGACAGUGUUCCUGGACAAGCAGCGCGCCAGCGCCGUGAUCGCGCGCCACAGGAGGAGCAUCGACGGCGGCGGCCCGGCGGCGGCCUCCAGCCUGGAGCAGGCCUGCAUGGAGAAGGUGUGCACCUACGACGAGGCCCGGCGCUUCUUCCAGGACUCGUACCGCACGGAUAUCUUCUGGUCCGUCUACGUGGACGGAGACCAGUGUGCAGAAAACCCCUGCAAGAAUGGGGCCCUGUGCUCGGACAGCGUGGGAGGAUACGACUGCGUGUGCAAGUCGGGCUUCACGGGGGUCCACUGCGAGAAAGAUCAGACUCUGUGCCCCCUGGAGAAGAACAAAGGCUGCUCCCAGUUCUGCAAACCGGGCUACGUGUCCUACGAGUGCUCGUGCGCCCGCGGCUGGAAGCUGAGCCGCGCCGACAAGGACAAGUGUGUGCCCGCAGUCGCCUCUCCGUGCGGUAAAGUGAGCAGCCUGAGGCAGUGGGACGACCGGCAGGCGAGCAACGCCCGCAGCAGCUUCGAGGGACUGGCCUGUUUGUUCUCAGAGUGUCCCUGGCAGGCUCUCCUGAAGAGCUCGGAGUCUGCAGGUUUCUGCAGCGGGGUGAUCCUGAAGGAGAACGUGGUGCUGACCUCGGCGCAGUGUGCCAAAAAAUACAGCUCCUUCAACGUGGUCGUGGGCAAACGCAGCGCCGGCACCGACGACGGCGAGCAGACGCUGUACGUCAAGCUGAUCCACGUGCACCCGCGCUACGUGGAGGGCCGCCCCGAGAACGACCUGGCCGUGCUGGAGCUGCGCGACCCCGUAGCCUUCAAGAGCAACGUGGUCGCCGCCUGUCUGCCCGAGCGGGACUUCGCCGAGAGCGUGCUGACGGCGGGCGAGCUCCCCGCCGUGGUCACCGGCUGGAAGGAGCCCGGCCCGGCGCUCGCCUUCCAGGGCCCGCUCGGCCUCAACGCGCUGGAGUACCGCCGGCUGCCCGACUGCCUGGAGGCCCACCCCAACAUGGUGACCAACAAGAUGGGCUGCACCGCCCCCCGGGCCAACGCCGACUGCACCAUGAGCUCCGGCAGCCCCCUGCUCACCCUCUACCGGGAGGUGUUCUUCCUCACCGGGGUGGUGAGUCAGCCCCCGGGGGCCGAGUGCAGCAAGGGCUACCUCUUCCAGAAGGUGUCGCGCUACCUGUCCUGGUUGGAGCCAUUCAUGAGGUCCCGUUAGGGGGGGGGAUCAGGUGGACACUGUGCACUUAGCUUAGUUUGUCUUUGUGUCCUUUAAUCUCGUAAUGGAUCAUCACAGCCAUAACGUUUGUCCACCGUGGGUGGGCUUCCCUGUGUGUCCACAAGGGGGCGCUCUGCGUUAACGGGCCGAGCGUCACCGGGCGCAUGUGUCCGCCAACCAGGGAAAAGACGGGAGCAUGAGAUGCAGUGAAUUAUUCAGCAUGUGUUUUGUGACGUGGACGUGUCUUUUAAUAACCUUUAAGUGAUGGUAUUUUUAGUGACUACUGUACUGGAUGACCUGCCGCUUCUAAAAGUCCUAUAAUCACUGUCCUGAAUGUAAUAAACCCUGAGACCACA